AUGGGAGAUGUAAACUACAUAGCAUCUGUGGUUGCGGCCUACUGGUUCAUUUCAAUCAGUAUGGUCUAUCUCAACAAGGUUCUAAUGUCCAGUGAAGGAAUUUCCAUCCCCGCGCCGCUUUUCAUUACUUGGUUCCAAUGCGUCGUUACUGCCGUGAUCUGUUGGGCGGCUGGAAAGAUUUCUGAAUCAAUGCAAAAGCGUUCCAGUCCUCUUCCCACGCAGGAAACGGAUAGCAAAGUGCAUCAAAGUUCAUUCUUUUCGCAGUUCCCAAAAGCAGAGUACCGAAGUGCGAUCGGCAAGAAGAUCUUCCCUCUUAGUGUCGUUUUUGUGGGAAUGAUCACUUUCAACAAUCUGUGCCUCAAAUGGGUUGAAGUUUCGUUCUAUAAUGUUGCUCGGUCUUUAACAAUCGUUUUCAACGUGGUCCUUUCGAGAGUUGUGCUGGGAAGCCCAACAUCCCCGAAAACAAUGGCCUGCCUUGGUAUUGUCAUUGUUGGUUUCUUUCUUGGUGCAAGCGGAGAGGCUAAUUUCAGUUACAAGGGAACAAUCGCUGGGAUAUGUAGUUCGCUCUUCGUAUCUCUCAAUUCCAUUUUCACGAAGAAGGUUCUUCCUGCUGUUGACAACGACCACUGGAAGCUCACAUUUUACAACAAUGUAAACGCCGUUGUUCUCUUCCUUCCUUUGAUGGCAUGUUUUGAAGCUGAAGCGCUUCUUGCAGCAAUAGGUACUCAGUUCCUUAGCCCUGUUUUCUGGGGAGCGAUGAUGGUUGCUGGCUGCUUCGGUUUCAGCAUUGGUAUCGUUACAGUCCUUCAAAUCAAGGCGACCAGUCCUUUGUCCCACAAUAUCAGUGGAACAGCAAAGGCUGCUGUGCAAUCAAUGAUGGCAUUUUACAUCUGGAAGAACCCUGCAACUGUUAUGGGUGUUUCAGAGGUUACAUUUACCGAGUUCAUCAUGCCAAUUCUUUAUGCCCUCAUAUCUAGAGAAAAGACAGUUCUAGCGGAGCAUGCAGCGACUUCAACAACCGGCAAUUUUCCAACGGUAACCCGUGUUCUACUUGAAAAGAUCCCAAAAACAGACGGGAAAAUGACUUAUGUUUAUGACGACUACGUGUUUCACUACGAAAAGCAAGCAGGAAUAUGCUACCUUUGCAUGUCGGACGAGAAAAACAAGCAUAGGAUUCCAUUUGCUUUCCUAGAAGAUAUUAAAACGGAAUUUGCAAUGAAAUACGGCGUUGAAACUCCGCAGACAGCCAUUGCCUUCUCUAUGAACGAGGAGUUCAGUCCUGUAAUCGAGCGAAGAAUGGACUUUUUCAAUUCGGACGCAGCAGACCGUACCAUUGACAACAUCGGGCAUGUCAAGGGUCAAAUAGACGAGGUCAGAGAUGCGAUGGUGCAGAACAUUGAAAGAGUAUUGGAGCGUGGGGAGAAGAUCGAGCUCUUGGUCGAUAAGACUGAUCGACUCAAUCAGCAAGCUUUCCGCUUCGAGGCGUCUAGUCGUUCCCUGCGCCGGACAAUGUAUUGGAGACGAAUCCGAUGCUAUGUAGCAAGCAGUGCUGUCAUCGCUGUUCUAAUCUAUGUGGCUUCUCUUUCAAUUUGUGGGGGGUUUGCUUACAGCAACUGCAAACCAAAGAAAAAUUGA